GUACUAGAGGAACUACACCACCAAAUGAAAGAGAAGCUAAACAAGGAUCAGAUUGUGAAAGUAAUGAAGAAAGAGAACCUUCCUCAGCAGAAUUAGUACAACAACUAAUUAUUGAGUUAG